UUGCGAUAAUGACGUCACAUUUCGCGUCUGGUAAAAACCUUGCGCGCCCUUGGAAUCGCCAGUCAAAGUUCAGUCGUGGCAAUUUGUGCACGAUUUGGGUAAAGUUUUGAGGAUUUUUCUGUUCUUUGAGUUCGUUUAGAUUGCGUUAACAUGUCAUUAACAACAAUGAGCGAUUCCAAAGUGUUCAAAUUCGAGGAGGAAACUGAGUCUCGAUUGGCGCGAAAGUCCAAGGAAACCCCCUUUUUCCCCAUAGCCAUUGGCGUGUGCACACUGGCGGUGGGCUAUGGGGCCUACAUGUUCAAAAAUCGGGGCAAAAUGAGCACCAGCGUCUACCUAAUGCACCUCCGAGUGGGGGCCCAGGGCGCGGCCGUUGCCUCUCUCACCGUAGGUUUAAUUUAUACCAUGAUUAACGAACACAUAUUGAAGAAGAAAUGAGCCAGUAUUAAGCCUAGUGACAAGAUUAGAUUAUUCGCGCUCUAAUUUAUUAAAUCUUGAUUUAUUGUUGUGAUUUAUUUUUAUAACAAAGUCGUGCUACAGCGUGAUCAAGAGUGACGGUAUCAGUUGGCAGUACUGAUUCUCCAGCCACUCUUGAUCACUACUUGUUGUACAUAUUGUAAAUUAUUGUUGCAGUCAACUGUUACUAGAAAAAAGUUUAUUUGGGUAACUGCCACGUAAAAAACCUACUACUUAAUAAAUACUAUGAAUCUUUUUAUCACA